CACAGACUGUGAAACGUGCCCAUGAUAUUUAUGUGAAGAUGGACAACAAGGGCAGAUCAUCCAAACAACCAGAGGAAUAUCAGAAACGUUCAGCAGGAUUCCACAGAAAAGGAAGCAAAUGUAAACCUCCAAACAUGUCUUUGAGAAUAUUGCUACUGGGAUCACACAGAGAUGUCAAAGCCUCCUGUGGAAACACAAUCCUGGGGCGUCAGGCAUUCCCAGAGUCACCGAGCCUCCCCGCAUUUGUUUGAGAUACAUGAAGGGAAGGUGCUGAAGAGACAUUUGUUGGUAAUCAACACUCCUGACCUGCUCAAUCCUGCUCCCACCCCUGAAGAACAAGAUGUGAGGAGAUGUUUCCUCUUGGCUAGUCCUGGACCACAUGCCCUGCUGCUAGUCCUGAAGCCUGGCGCACUUACCGAGCAGGAUAGAGAUGCCCUCAGGCUCAUUAACAGCAUUUUUGGUGCAGGUGCAUCUAAGUAUGUGAUAGUCGUCUUCAUGCAUGAGGACAAGGCAGAGUAUGUGAGCAUCAAAAUGUCUGACGCUGACAGCAGAGCAGUGGAGUCUCUGCUACAGUGCUGCAAACAGUCCCACCAUGAUCUGAAGAGGAAAGGAGACAAAUUACAAGUGCAGAAUCUUCUGGAGAGCAUCGAGAAGAUGCUGGAGGACAAUGGAGGCCAUCACCUCAGGAUUCCUGAAGUAUCAGCAUCAGAGGCUGGCACUGACAAAAGCUCAAAUGAUGUGCGGCUCGUAAUGAUUGGAAAAACUGGAGUGGGGAAGAGCGCGACAGGAAACACCAUCCUGGGACGUGAUGUGUUUCAGUCCGAGGGUCGCAUGAGUUCUGUGACAAAGAAGUGCCAAAGAGAGAGCGGAGUGGUCUGUGGACGACACGUGACUGUGGUGGACACGCCAGGACUUUUCGACACAACCCUCACAAAUGAGGAGAUCCAGCAGGAGAUCAUAAGAUGUAUUGAGCUGUCUGCUCCUGGACCUCACGUGCUUCUGCUGGUGAUCGCUGUUGGCCCAUUCACACAAGAAGAGAGAGAAACCCUUGAGCUCAUUAAGAUGACUUUCAGACAGCAAGCCCAGACCUACACUAUAGUUGUAUUCACACGAGGAGACAACCUCAGUAAAGGUAUCGAAGACUACAUUAAGGAAGGUAAUUCACAUGUCACAAAACUGAUCAAUGACUGUGGAGGAAGAUAUCAUGUGUUUAAUAACAAAGAGAAAAAUGAUGCUCAGGUCACUAGUCUACUAAAUAAGAUUGAUAUGAUGGUGUUGAAUAAUGGCGGCACUUUCUACGACAACAUAAAGUUCCAGGAGGUCGUGAAGGCUGUCAGACUAAUUCACCUAUACAAGGAGAAAGUGGAGGAGAUCAAACGACAGAAGGAGGCCAUUCAAGAGAAAUAUGAGUCUCAAAUUAAAGAAUACAAAGACAAACUAGAGGAGGAAAAAGCAAAAGCAAAACGUAGAUCUGAAGAAAAAAAAAAAACAUUCAGAAAACAACAGAAAACAAAAGAGAGUGUGAAAGGAGCCACGGCACUAACAGAAGAUGUUGUGACAUUGCAAUAUAAAUCCCAUUUUGUGAUAAAUAAGGAGCUGGAGCAGAUAGGAGCAACAGGAGGAGAAACUGGUCGAAAAUGGACAGGUAUUCUAAAUUUGAAAAAAAAGCAAAGGCCAAAGAUUGACGUGUUUAUGGAUCGAUAUGAAAUAAAAGAAGAAAACAGAGAAACAAUAAAAGAUACAGACAAAGAUCCGCAGAUAAGCAAAGAAACUGACACUCUCUGCCAAGAGAAAACCCUGAUGAAACAAGAGGACAUAACAGAGACAAGCAAAGAGAAAGAAAAUGUUGAUUUGCCUAAAAAACCUGAAGAUAAGAAAGACACAAAGAAAGAUAAAAUUCUGCAUCAGAAGUAUAAGGAAAUGGAGGCAUGCAUACAGAAAAUGGAGGAGGACAUGAGAAAAUACAGAGAGAUUUCACAGAGGCAUGCUGCAGAACUCAAGAGAAUUGAAGAGAUAAAUGCUGAUAACAUUGCCACCUGGGAAAAGAAACAGGGAAGAAAAUGUGUGCUGCAAUAACAGUGACACACACCUGCCCAGAUCUCUGUGUGCAAAGCUUGGGUAAAAUAUAUACUGUGUAUAGUUUAUCAUAUAUAAUAAUAAUAAUAAUAAUAAGCUAUUUAAAUGUCAAAGUCCUCCUCUGUGUCACCAUUGCUGUGUUCUGGUAAAAUAGGCCAGUAAAUCUGUAUAGCAUUAUACUGUAUAUUUCAUUACAAGAAACGUAUUAUAGCAUUACAAAUAAAUGUGUUAAAAUGUGUGUAAUGGGGGAGGCUACACUGAAAGAGAUUUGUAGGUGUUAGAAUAAAAACAAUUUAUAACAUUAACAAGGAUAUAACAUUAAAAGGCAACUUCCCUUACUAAAACUCGCUGAACUAUUACUGUUAUCAUUCUGUGUGCAGCUCCUAGUGUGUGUAUGUAUAUGUAGACUUGUGAGACAGAAUACUAUUUUGUUCUAUAAAGAUGUUAUAUAGCAUCAACAACAGUCAGCUAAUUGUAAUUAAAUUUUUUUUCUCAUUAUAACAGUUGUAAUAAAAUGGGCACAAGUGUUUGUAAGGAGAUUGGGUGUCUUUGAGCCUAUUUAUGGAUACUGCAUUAAUACAAUACUAAUAUAACACAUCCAACCUUGAAUUUGGAUACUUACAAUAUUAUUUGAGCAGUUUUAAUAAAAGGAACCAGCAAAAUAUAUCUUACUGGAAAAAUGACAUCUUACAUAUUCAUUGAAUCCAACUCUUUAGGGUGUUUCCCUGUCUUAAUUUGGCCAGAGGAGGCUGGGAUAGGUCUCAGGUGAGGAAAACGUGGUGGCUCAUGCAGUGCUAUGAAAAGAGGAGAGCCCUCGCUGUGAUUUGAACUGGGAGCCCACUCUGCGUUCAAUCAGGAGGUCCCACACGGCGAUUCCAACGGGAGAGCCCAUGAAUCAAAUUAACAUGAAGCUCACACUGCGAUUCAAAACGGGAGAGCUCACAAUGUGAUUAGAAAGAAAACAUGGUGCGCACAAAGGAGGUCCGAAUUGUGUCGCCUCACAAUGGAUUUCAUCACAAAGUCCUUACAAGACACCUACAGCAUAACAUAGCAUAAGAUACACUUAACUCUUACCUGAUACCCCUGUGAGAAGACAAGGAAAUUAACUGCAGAUUUCUUGUAAAGAAUGUGAAUUAGACACAUAAAGAUGCACCUAAAACCAAUAAAAGAUAUCAGUGAACUGUGGGGACUAUAAACCAUGGCAUCCUCUAGGUCAUGGCAGCUGGAGAGGGGGCCGCAUUUGCACUGGUAAAGGAAAAUCCUCAAACUGCUUAUAUUUAUCUGUAGGGUAGAGCAUGCAGUCAAAGUUUCAUGUGCUUCUGGCUAGAGGAGAGAAACAACAGAAAUUACAGUUUUGACAAAGAGGAUGGGGCAGCCACCGUAGCGACCACUGGGUCAAAACAGAAGUUAUUUGGGGACAUUUAAUGUAGAAUACAUUACAGACAUUAAAGUAUAAUUUUCUGUAAAGCUUCUUUUAAACUGUGUAUUCUGA